AUGGCAGAAGACAAUCCAGUUGAGCUAGCGACGUUAGGACGUCCAUUUCAGUUAGGUAUGCUGUAUGAUCAAAGAAGUGAUCAGAUUAUUCCAGGUACUACAUUAUGGGAUAUUGAAGAAUUAAAAAAAAAUGUUGAUGUACGAUUACAGCCGUUUACAAAUUAUGAAUUGGUCGCUGAAGAUUCAAUCAAUGACAAAACUCAUGCGCUUGGAGUACAAGCAGAACUUAAAUUAAGCUUACUUGCAGGUUUAAUUAGUGUAUCCGGUUCUGGAAAAUACGCUGAAGAUCGAAAAUCGUCUAACUCACAAGCACGUCUUACUCUUAAAUAUUCCACAACGACACGAUUUGAACAAUUAACAAUGAAUCAUUUGGCAAAGGGUAAUGCAAAACAUUCAUAUUUAUUGGCUAAUGGAGCAACUACUGCUACACAUGUUGUUACAUCAGUUUUGUAUGGUGCUGAAGCAUUUUUUAUUUUCGAUCGGACCUUAUCCUCAGAGGAAAAUCAUCAAGAUGUGCAAGGAAAACUUGAAAUUAUGCUUAAAAAAAUUCCAAAAUUUGAAAUAAGUGGUAAUGGAGAAUUAAAUUUAAAUGAAAAUGAUAAAGUGUUUAUUGAUAAAUUAACAUGUACAUUAUAUGGAGAUUUUAAUUUUGAUUAUAAUCCAAGUACAUUUGAAGAAGCUGUUAAACUAUAUCAACAAUUGCCAAUGUAUCUUGGUAAGAAUGGUGAGAAUGCUGUACCAAAAAAAGUUUGGCUUUAUCCAUUGAAAGCAAUCGAUCCGACUGGAACAUUGAGAAUUGUAUAUCAAAUUUCAAUAAAUUUGAUUGAUUCGUUUACAUCAACUAUUGAAUAUUUGCAUAAGUUUACUAUGAAAGCAAACGAUUUAAGUAAAAAUUCAGUAUGUAAUGAUUUCCUUCAUAUUAAACAGCAACUGAUGGAUUUUGUUGCACGUUUAUCAGAAUUUAAACGUGAUUUACACAAACGUAUGAUAAAUCUAUUACCGAAAAUUCGUGGUGGUGGUGAAGAAGAAUUAGCAUUAGUUAAUCUAUUAAAAGAAAUAGAUUCAUCACCUUAUAAUAAACAGAAACUUCAAUUAUGGCUUGAUUCAAAAGAAAAUGAAUUGAAAAUCUUGUCGACAUUUGCAUUGGCAUUAAAAAAAGAAUCAAUUUCAGUAGCAUCAACAUCACUUGAUGAUGUUAUCAGUGAUAUUAAUUAUGAUUAUGUUUGCUGUCUGUGUUUUCAUUUUACUGAAGCAAAUGCAUCUGAACUGACGGAUAUGUAUAAUUAUAUUCAUGAUCGUUCGAAAUUUGUUCCAUCAACUAUAAAUUUACCUUGGUAUGAAGAUAAGAAUAUUAUUCAAAUGAUUCGAACUGAAUUACGUCUAUUUAUUGAAUUUGCCAAAAUAAAUAAAACAAACGAAAAUGUUAAAUUUGUAACAAAUGAACAAUAUGCUAGUAAUUAUAAUAAUAUUAAGGGAGCAACAAUGGUACUAUUUGAAGAUGGUAUACAACAACCAAUUUUUCAAAUACCGAGUAAACCGGGAAAACCAUAUUCCAUCAAUAUUACAUCUGACAGUAUAUCAUUGGAAUGGACGAAACCGGAACGUGGAUUUAAUUCUAUUAACAAAUACAAAGUCUUAUAUUGUAUUGAUGGAAAUAAUCAAGAAGACGAUAAAUGGAAUGACGUAACAACUGAUACAUUGAUCGAAAAGAAAACUAUUUCAAAUUUAGCUGUAAACACACUUUAUGUUUUUAAAAUUCAAUCCAUUACAAUUGUUGGUGAUAGUCUAAUAAGUGACGUUAGCGAUCCUAUCAGAACUACAAGUCCACCUAUAAAAACAGCUGCAAUGCGUCUACUUCAGAAUGCAACAGUAAUUAAAGUUGGAGAUGAUGCUACUCCAACUAUAUACAAAUUAGAAUAUAAUGAAAAAAUAAUAAAUCGAAAUUUUCGUUUACGAAAAUGUUCUGUUGGUGAAGCUGUUCUUUACAAUGGACGAUAUCCUUCAGAGAAAAUUAUUAUGAUGGUCGGUGCAACAGGAGCUGGUAAAACUACGAUGAUUAAUGCUAUUGUUAAUUAUUAUUAUGGUACACAAUGGAAUGAUAAUUUUCGUUUAAAACUUAUUACAGAAGAAGAUGAAGGAAUUAAUGGUAUAACACAAAGUCAAGCAAAAAGUCAAACAAAAUGGAUAACAGCAUAUACACUUCAUCAUCUACCUGAUUGUACCGUAUCAUACACAUUAACCAUAAUUGAUACACCGGGAUUUGGUGAUACAGAAGGAACUAAGCGCGAUGCUCAAAUAACAGAACAGAUUCAUGAAUUUUUUCAAAUAACUGGUCCACAUGGUAUUGAUCAUAUUGAUGCUAUUGGUUUUGUCAUUCAAAGUUCAGCCAAUCGUUUGACACACACUCAAAAAUAUAUAUUUGAUUCUAUUCUUUCAAUGUUUGGUAACGAUAUUAAAGAAAAUGUUUUUCUUAUAAUAACAUUUGCUGAUGGACAAACACCACCUGUACUUGAAGCAGCUCGUGAAGCAAAUCUACCAUACAGAACAUAUUCUAAAUUCAAUAAUUCUGCAUUAUUUGCCAAAAAUAAAUUAACACAUGAAGAAGAAAAUGAAAAUUUUGAUCAAAUGUUUUGGAAAUUAGGCAUCACAAGUCUUAAAAAUUUUUUUAUUGAAUUUCAAAAAGUACAACCGACUAGUUUAACAUUAACAAAAGAAGUAUUAACAGAACGACAACAUUUAGAAGCUAUUGUACAAGGUAUUCAACCACAAAUUCAAUUUGGACUUAAUAAAUUAGAAGAAUUAAGACAAGAAAUUCAAGUAAUUAAAGCACAUGGAAAUGAUAUAUUACAAAACAAAAAAUUUCAAUAUAAAAUUAAAAUGACAAAACAACGUAAAAUCGAUUUACCAUCAAAUACCUAUGUUACUAAUUGUAUUAAAUGUAAUUAG